UCAUAUUAGUAUAAUAUCCAUAUGUUUUUCGAAGUCUUCUUUCUUUGUUUUGAACGAGUCACCAUGUUCUUCAUUAGUGUCAACCUUGAGGCCCCAGUAGAUUUAUAUAGUCAUUGUCUUUCUUACAAUGAGAUGGAGCAGCAUAAGCUUCACUCACAUUUUUAUGAGAUCAGUGGCUUCGACAGCAGCCAUUCUUAGGUGAAAGCCAGAGUUCUUUUGGCAGAGAAAAUCAUGAAAUGGAGAUCAUCCAUCCUUGUGUAAGGGGAAUCGAGCAUUACGGUCCGAUGGAUUUACUUAAAUUAUUUAUCUAUUUUAUUAUCAGUCUGCGGCAAGCCAUAUCUCUUCAUGUAACCGUCUGUGAUCCUCUUCACUAUCAGUUUUUUUUUUUUCCCCUUUUACAAUUAAUAUAGGCUUUCUUGUAAAGCUAGUUGUAUAAAACAUUGAACAAUAUAUUAAGUAGUAGGGGCAGGGCGAUUCGAUUGAGUGACUAAAUGUGCUUUGUUUAUGUAUAUCACUGUUUCGGAUGUAAGAAAAGUAGGGGCUCAUGCAAUAAGAUAAAUUUCAUUCC